AUGAAUGUCACCAAUCCCACCGCCCCACAGAACGUACUCCCUCCAUUCAAUGCAUACAUCAUGAUUGGGCCAGUGGUGCUGGGUGCGCUCGUUAAUGCCUGCAUCUUCGGCGGUCUCGUCAUUCAGACUUAUGUCUAUUAUGCAAAUUUCCCCAACGAUCAUCGAGUGAUGAAGCUCACGAUUGCACACGUGAUUUGUGUAUCAGCGACACUAUGGAAAGCUGCUGUCAGUGGCUACGGCAACCCUCUGACGCUGUUGGUCUUCCCGCAGGGAGCAGACGCAGCUAUCCUCUUCACUGCAAUUACAGGGGCACUGGUAGAGUCAUCCUUCGUGUUUCGGUUGUGGAAGCUUUCGAAAACACUCACUCUGCCCCUUGUCUCGCUGGCACUCUGUUUAUUAGCUCAGUCUAUUGCGCUUGUGAUGACAGUGAAAGCUUUCGCCAUGACAAACCUUGUGACAUUCGAAAUUGAUGAAAACAGACUGAUCACGCUUUCGCUCACCUCGCGUCUGGUUUGUGAGUUGACACUUACCCUGUCCAUGGUGUGGUACCUGAGGAAGCAACGAUCAUCGACAUUUUUAAGGACGACGACGAUAAUUGACCGUUUGGUUCUGUGGACUCUCGUCUUUAUCAUGGGCUUCUUCCUGGCAAUGAAGCAGAAUUACAUAUGGGUUUCGAUAUAUGCAAACCUUGCUACUGUGAAUGCGAACUCGUUACUUGCAUCGCUAAACGGCAGAAUAAUCCUCCGAAGCGUGCCGAAGACAAGUUUAAACAUGAACACUCUGAGUAGUUCAUCUGGUGGGCGUAGCCGCAAAACCGAGUCGUGCAAAGUCUGUGGUGAUCAACGUCACGCAGACAGUUGGAAGUGUUCCAGGUGUUUUCAAAUACGAUGAAGGUGAAGUUUAGGUUCGAGAAACUAGAGUAGUGACGACAACGGCAAUUCAUGCGUUAUAUGAUGAAGCUACCAACCAACUUCCAUUCGCUGAUUUGGAUGCACACACAGGAAUGCCGAUAAAUGUAGGCGAAGAGCCAAAUGAUAUUAUUCUCUUUCAAGGAGUC